AAAACAUGUAGAUUCUUCACAUACUGACUGCGUGUCAUGAAAAUGCGCACGCACAUGCAUUAUCCGGUUAAGAAUGGCUGACACUGCCAAACGGGAGAAAAUCGCUGCUGCUAGAAAGAAGUUGAACCAGUUUAAGAAGAAAACUGGGAAGACUUCUCCAGCAAAUGCUAAAAAGUCUAAAAUCAAUGAUGAAUGUACACAGAACCCAGAAAAUGAUAUAAAGCAAACAGCUGAAAACACAUUCCAAAACAUAAAUGGUAAUUCUGCAGCAGAAAUAAUCCAGACUACAGAUUCCCCAGACUCCAUAGAAAACAGAACAGAUAGUGAAGAUCUAAAUAAAAUGAGAACACAUCCCAAUUUGCCUCCAGGAAGGACUACAGCCUCCACAGAAAGUCUACACCAACUAUCCAGACAGUUAAAUGGACUUUUGGCAGAGUCUAGUGCAUUGAUUGGAGCAGAUGAUAUUGAUACAUCUAGUGUAGCAGAACUUGAAAGAAGAAAUCAAGAUCUUGCUGCUUUGUUAGAGAAACAUUCCCAGGCUAAUGAGCAAUUAAAUCUACAAAUACAACAGAUUAGAGAUCAUUCUAAAAAUCUACAAGGCCAACUAGAGAGAGAAAGAGAAAAUUUUAUUACAAAACAGAAACAGGAACUAGGACCAUUAAAAGAUCAACUUCAGGUACAUAUACAAACAAUUGGCAUAUUAGUGGCAGAAAAAACUGAGACACAAUCACAGUUAAACCAGUCACAGAAAUUAGCUGAGACCAGGUUUAAUGAAAUAGAAGAACUCUCAGGGAGAUUAAAAGCUUCAAGACAAAGAGUAGCAGAUCUAGAGAAAAGUCUUUCAACAACAAGUACAUCUAGUCAACAGUUUCAAAAGAGUAGUAAAGACUUUGCUAAAGAUGUUGACAGAUUAAAAUUGGAUUUGUAUAAAGCAAACAAAUCAAAUGAAGAACUGCAGCAACAGACUUCUGAAUUGUCUGGUAAACUUCAAGCAAAGGUAACUGAGUGCACAGGAUUAGAACAGUCAAUAGAUGAACUGAAGAAUAAAUUAGAAAUGGCAGAAUUGUAUAGUAAGCAAGUAUCUAGUCACCAGGAUGGAGGACAGGAAUCUCUGAAAAUUGUAGAAACGCUAAAACAAGAAAAGGAAGAAUUACUCACUAAAAUCCAUGAGUAUACAGAGGCAUUCCAAAGAGUGAGUACAGAGAAAGACCAGCUAAGUGAACAAUAUCAACAGUACAUGGACCAGUUACAGGGACAUAAUAAAAAGUUAACUGAACAGAUUACAUCAUUAACAGAGGACAGAGAAAAUUUAUUAACAAGUCAACAUGACCUAGAAUCUUCAGUAUUAGAAUUACAACGAAGAUUAGAAGAUGUGGAUAGCAACAAUACCAGUGCCAAUAAUGAUUUGAUUCUACAGAAAGAUAAUGAAAUGCAUCAAUUAAAAGAACAACAUGAUGACUUUAUACAGAAGUAUGAAGCACAGAUGAGAGAUAAUGUCCAGCUUAGCAGACUUUUAGAAGAAAAAGAAGACAAGAUUACACAGUUAGAAGACAGGAUGUCAGAAGUCAACAGAGAAGAUGGGGACAAAGCUCAUCUACUGGAGAGUAUACAGAGUAACAAAACAGCUCUUAGUCGAGCACUUACUCAAAAUAAAGAACUUAAACAUCAACUGGCAGAGCUACAGAAUGGUUUUGUUAAAAUGAGUAAUGAGAACAUGGAAUUGAUGACCCGGAUACAGUCUGAACAACAUAGCUCCAAAGAAUUGUUUUGUAAACUUACCCAACAAGAAGAUGAACUCCGAGUUUUGAGAGAUGCUUUAUCUGUGAAACAGUCGAAGUUAACAGAUUUAGAACAAUCUACCCACGAGGCAAAGAAGGAAAUGUACCAACAAGAACAAUUACAUGAUAGACUAAGACAUUAUGAAGCUCAAGCUCAAUUGGUGGAAAGUCUUGGCAGAGAAUUACAUAAUUCACAGGAUAUGGUGGAAGCCUUAAAAACACAGAACAGUGAGUUGCGAACCAUGUUAAUUAAAGCUACUAGUCAUAAAGAGAAUGGUAACACAGACUCUGAGGAGGAGAAGAAGAGGGAUGAUGUGAUUGAUUCCUUAUCAUCAGCCAUUCAACAGUUAGAAAUAGAAAGAAACCAACUAGUAGAGAGUCUUAAAGAACAAAGAGAAUUGUCAGACAGUCUGUCUAUCAAAGUAUCAGAUUUACAAGAGGAAGUUGUCCAGAAAAGUGCAUUCCAGUCAGAAGACAAUAAUAUAGUAAGCAGAGUAGAGUAUGAGCAGUUAAAACAAGCCAUGGAAUUAAUACAGAAUAAGUAUAUGAAAGUGAUGAGAGAUAAGGCUGAGUUAUCAGACAAGGCUGAUGAGCUGGAACAUACAGUGUUACAGCUGCAAGGAGAAUCUGAAACUAUAGGUGAAUACAUCUCCUUAUAUCACCACCAGAGGGCACUAUUGCAGCAGAGAGAAUUACAGAAAAACGAUUAUAUUUCACAUUUAGCCAAAGACAGAGAAGAGAUGUCGUUAAAACUGGGAGAACUACAGACACUGAUGAUGCAGUUACUAGGAGAGAAAAAUAUGUUACAUAACUACCAUGAAGAAUCGUCAAUAACUUCACCUGAUGUCAGUAUACAGCCUCAUCUUAGCCAGGAACCUAUGGUUAACGGUACAGAUUGGCCAGAUUAUACGAGUUCUGAAGAAGAUUCAGAUAGUGAAGUGGAAACAAUUGUGGGUGGACAGGAAGGUACAACAGACACUUUAGGGGAGGUAACUCCUCAGGACCAUAUGAACCACAACCACCAUCAACAUCAUCAUGAGCAUCAUAAUCACGAACAUCAUCAUCAUCUGACAAAAGACCAACGAACUGUUGAAAAAUCAAAAUCUAGUGAAAACACAGAAGGCACUGCCACAAAAAUAAUGAACCUGUUAUCAGAAAUAAGUCAUAACAACUAUACUGAUCGAACUGUAGAUCAUAACUUUUUACCUUGUAAAUAUUGUAAGGGGAAGGUUUAUAAUGUAUGAGGUCACAAAUAUUGUAGAUUUUAACCAAUAGAAUUCAUUUAAUGAUGAUCAGAGAGUUGUUGGCAUAGGUCAGUAUUGACAGACCAAGCUACCUCAGUUGUCAGCGAAUAUGUCCACUCUGGCAAUGGAUAUCAAAAAAUUUGAGUGUGAGGGUUGCUUACUUUGGUUAUAUACCUAGUGAAUUAAAGGUGGCUGUGAAUUUGCUUUCAUCUGUUGAUACCAGUUUUCAUGGUUUGCCAGAAAAGCUUUGGUUCAUGGGCUUUUAAAUUCAUGCACAUUCCAGGCAUAUCAUGUAGACAGAUCAUUGGCAAGAUGAUUAUUUUAUUCAAUGUUUCUUAUGAAACAUGAAAUCUUUCAUGAAUAAAAGUAGUUCACAGUAUAUUCUAAAGUUAGGGACCAAUGCUAUCUACAUAUUAAAAGAAAGAUACACUAUGAGUAUUUGAAAAUGAAUGACAUAUGAACGCAUGAGUGUACAACAACAUAGAUUUGUAAUCUUUUGGAUGGGGAUGGAGAGGAUUCUAGAACAAUAAUUAUUGCCUUACUACAUUAUUAAAGUCAUCAAUAACAAAACCUUGCAUCAGAUGAGUGCAAUAACAUGUUAGAAUAAUUAUUUACUUCAACACAUUAAAUGAUUUUAAGUAAUCCAGUUGUAAAGUUAGUUGAUUAUGUUUUGAAUCCACCUUUGCUUCAGUAUUUUCACAAAAAUAUUCAUGUUCAUCUGAGAGUUCUGCUUAUUUGUAAACGUUGAAAAUAAUUGUGCAGAUCAAAUAUUCUUUGUAUUCAAGUGCCUAUAAGCCCUAGGCUGUCAACAUUGAUAACAGGUUUAUUUGUUUGUUUAUAAUGGAACAAUUAACAUGUUUCAUUUUUUGAUUGCAUGGUUUAAAGUCCAUCAUUUGAAGGGUUUGUUUGUUUACCCGUUACAUCAGUUCCAAAUUAUAUAAACAUAAUUUAGAAAGCCUUAGAAAGGAUUACUGUUCAUCCGUUGCUAGCAUUGGUGCUUCUAAGUCCACUCAAUGUUCAUUUCAAUAUCAUUUUUAUGUACUUUGAUUCAUCUGACACUGGUGGAGGUAUCAGUGAUAUUUUUAUCCACUGGGUGAGUAUUAUAGACCCAGCUGUUAAGAUGGUGAACUGAAAAAUGAUGGGAAACUGGAUUGAAUUAUUAUAUCCAGAAAUUGAUUAUCCCAUUCCUUGCCAUUUGUUUGUUCUUUUGAAAAAGUGGUUUGCUUUUUCAAUUUAAUUUCUAUAUAGAAACUAUCCUGUAGCAAACAAAAAUGUGUAUGCCCAACUUAUGCCUGAGUAUUUAGGUUUUCAGCAUAAUCUGUGAUAUUUGUUUAUCUAUCUAUAUAACAAAACAUCACAAAUAUAAAAGUGUAUGUUUCUUAACGUACAGUUACAGGGAGUGCUCAAUGUAAAGAUAUUUUUAAAUAUAAAGUCAAAUAUAAUUCCUUACAUCAUCAAGUUUCCUUUUAUAAUAAGGCUGUAUAAAUUUAACCUCUUCUAUUUUUAAAGCGAGGUCAAAUCUUGAGUUUUUAUUUUAAGAUGUGUCUUGUAAAAAAGUUUUCUAGACUUUCACCAAUACAAUAGCUUUUUAGUCAAAAUCAUCCGUUUCAUCAAACUGCUUACAGAAUCAUUAAAUACAGUCAGGGUAACUUUCUUGAAACGGUCACAUUUAAGGUAGAAUAUCUAUCAUGGUCAUCCCCAGGAGCUUAAACAAUAUUCAUUGGUCUCCUGUUAAAUGAAGGGGUAUGUUAAUGGACAAGUUUUACCAGUAUAUGAUUUUUCAAGAAACUAUUUUACCUUUACAUGAUAGUAUCCAUAGUGUUAAAAGUAGUCAGUUAAUUUUCACUUGCUAUGGCUAAUAUGCACUAAAUUUGAAGAAGAAAAAUAUUUUUACUAAUAAAAGCAAGAAGUUGCAUUCUUUAAGUCUGAAACUGGUACUUGAAUAUUUAUUCCUCUUCUUAAAGUCAUUUACAAAAUUAAUAAAGAUAUAUUUUUGAAACACUUCAAUAAGAGAACUUUAACUUUUUCCCCGGAAGAUUAAAAACUGCUGGUCCAGUUACUCCUCAAUAGUAUUGUUCACAGUAGGUACUUAUAUUUACUGAUUGAAAAAAGACUUGCAUGUUUAAAUAUCUUAGAUUAUGGUACUUGCAUGAAAAAAUGUAUGCAUAAAACAGACUUCCAAAUAUAUAUAUUAUAUAUUAAAUGAAAGCAGAAUUUUUAAUAUAAGGUGUUUCUCUGUUAUAUUGAUAUUGAAAAAAAAAUUUGAUUUCAUUGUUCUUGGUUAUUGAACAACCUCCUUGUAAAGAAUUGUAUUUUUCUUAUAGCUGGUCUAUUGUUAUAGCAGGAAACUGUAUAUCUUGUUUAUAUCAAAUGCAUUUAGGAAAUAGAUAUGUCAGUGUGGAUGUGUCUGAAUCUUGUUUGUUAUUUAUAAGGUAAGGGAGUAUGGGUGAGAUCUACACAAGAAGAUGCAUUUACAAAUAUAUACAAAUAUUAAUGGCUGAAAAUGUGUCUUAUAGAUUUAGCCAACUAUAUCAACAAAUUAUCAAUUACAUAGUUUAACAAUCGUCAUAUUUAUCACAUCAUAUACAAAUGCAGAACUCUUUGUGUAGUUACGUUAUUGUGUUAAUAAAAACAGUCAAUAAACCAUGAUUGCAGUGUGAUUUAUAAUUGGUUGUGAUGGGUUGCUGUUACUUCUAAAUCACAUCAUUCAUAGAUUGUAUAACAAUGUAAAAAUAGACGGCCUAGUUAUACAUAACAGUCAUCUACAUCAUUUUCAUUUUCGAGUAACAUCUUUCAUAUUAUGUCAAUUCAAAGGGAGGCUUGCUUUAUUUCUUAAUUCUUUGAUUUUGAGAAGAAGAAAUGUUUGUUUUAUUUUAAAAGAUAUUCAUAUUAUGUUUGACUGCAAUGGUGAAUAUGUUAACGUUUGACCUUGAAAAAUUGUCAAGACUAGGGCAUCUAAAAAAAAAAAACACUGGUCUUUGAACUUUUAAAAACAUGAUUCACUUUUUUUAAGAAAACUAAACCUCUAUUUAAUAUUUUGGGAAGACAAAAUAAUGGAGUUAGCAAUUUUUAAAACAUAUAUUUCAUUCUUGAAUAUCAAGUUGAAGGAAUAAGUGAUGAAUAUUUUUCAAAUUCGCUGUUUUCAGAGUUUCCAAAUGAUGUUAUUAUGAAUAGCCUCUCUUCAAUGAUAUAAAUUUGAAUUUUAUGCAGAGUUGUUUAAUAAUUGAAACAAUCUUUAGGUAUUAAAUUCAAUAUAUCUUGAGUGAACAGUGAAAUUAGGCCUUAUAUUCAGUCAAGUUCAACAUGAGCAAGUUUGUCAGUGCCUAACAAUAGAAUAGCAAUUAAUAAAAAUAAAAUGGAUUUACUUCCUGGUAAGAAAAUUGAUAAACUUACAAAUGGUUUAUACUACGACAUGAUGCACUUUUUUUUACCAGACAAUGAAGUUACUGUGUGAUUUGGGAAAUGAGAAAACAGAAAAUUAUAAUUUAUUUAAAAAUGGUGAACAUAAGAGAAUAGAGUUCAGCUAGAAAGUUGUUUGGAAUUUUACUACCAAACAGUAAAUCUAAAAAUAAUAACUUUAAGGGUAUGUCAUUUAGGCUUCAUACAUGUCAAAAAGAAACAUUGUUUUUCUUGCAAAUUUGCAAUAUAUUUUUAAUAUAUACCCAGAUGACAAGAACAACUCAUUAAAUUAUUUCACCCUGUUAUCCUCUUACAGUGGCUAGAGAGGGUGACUCAACACUUUUUUUCUGUAAAAAAAUCUUCAUAAUCUAUCAGAUGCUUUAUAAAAUCAAAUUUCAAUUUGCAAGGAAAAAUGUUCAAUGGAUUUCUUUCCAAAUCCAGCAUACAUAUGCAUGGAUGGGAAUAUACAUUUAUAGUCAUUUUUGUAUGUCUUGUUUAACUUAAAAGAUAUAUGACAUUUUAUGUUUUCUCAUUUGCCAAUUCCCAAUAUAUUUCAAUAGAGUAUUUACAGUAGUAUGGUGCUCAAAUAAAUACACAGAGCAGGAUGGUACACUUGUUAGCCUUGUAAGGGGAUUAUUUGUUAAAACAUUUCAUUGUUAUGUAUAAGUAUAUAUUUUCAUUAUACUAUGCAUUUUAUUUAUUUAUAAUAAAGAGAAACUAAUAUCGUU